GGACUCCUUCAAUUUACAAGCAGUACAUGCACUUGCACUGACGUCAAUGGAGCGGUCUUGGAUGUAUAUAAACAUUCGGCAAGGAGCUAUCGAGUCAAAUCUCCAUCAAGCAGGACUUUUCUGAUAGAGUUCUGGGUUCUUCCGUUGAAGCUUGUGUGGAAAACGGUGUGAUAAUCUUCUACAGGGAAUUUAACCUAGAAUAUUCAACAGCAUCCAGCAUGAAGGCAACUCUUUUGGUUUUGCUAAUAGUCAGUAUAUUACUAGUGUCUCAUAUUCCUCCCGGUGUCUGCCGUCCUAUGGGAACGAAUACCUUUAAACAUCAUGGUUACAAGAUCCAGGAUGACCACGGCUUGGUAAAGGCUGCUGAUAAUGUCAUGUCCUACCUCGUGGGAGAAAAGCUGCUUAAGUAUUUGGAAAGAAACCCCAGAUUUCAUAAAAACCUCUCUCAACUACUUCCUGGCAAUGUUCGGUUUGUGAAAGCCCUGUCCACGAAAAGCUUGCCUCAUCCCACACACAACAUCCAGGUGGUCGAUGGAGGAGAGCCCUCAAGGGAGGUCAAGCUCGAAGACUUGUCAGAGCUCGCAAAGAGGGCCGAAGACCCUCCCAUCUCUAUAGAUCUCACAUUCCACCUCUUGAGAAACAUGAUUGAGAUUGCAAGGAUCGAAAGCCAGAAGGAACAGGCAGAGAUGAAUCGCAAAUAUUUGGAUGAGGUUGGCAAAUGAUAAUGUCAAUGUAGGAAAAAAAAGGUUCUCACUAACGAGCCAUUAGCCACAGCACUACCAUGAACAUGCCCAUAGUUUGACAUUUGUUUAUGUUAAUCUUAUUGCUAAGCCUAACGCUAUACACCAUGUUCAUUAUAUUAGCUUCAGUGACGCUUUUUGUGGAAAUUGGUGUGCAUUAAGGUGGGCUUUGAUUUUGGGGGUGAAUAUGAAACACAUGUCAGACAUUUGCAUUAAAUAUUAUAUUUGCAUUUAUUUUAGAGGGAAAAAAGGGUAGGUUAUAUUAAAAAUGUAAUUUAAAAAAAAGUAAACAUGUAGUAGAUGUUAUGUUAAGAAUUAAGCACCUCAUUUGGCAAGUUUUGUUUUUACUGAUUAACAGCAGAGCUGGAAAAUAUAUAUAUUUCCAGGAUCCGGGUUCUAGUAAGAACAUUGGAAUCUGGUCUGUAAAAUAGAAGUAACGUUGCUAAUGCAUUUUUACUUAAUUAUUAAGUUAAAAAAAAGCUAGCCCCAGGUAGAAAAUGCAGUAUAACUAUUCCAAGUUUAGUUUUGUCUUAAACAAUAGGUGUGGGAGACAGGCACAAUAAGUAAAAUACAAACUACAACAUUUAAAUGAUGCCAUAUAUACAUUUUCAAAGUGUUUCAUUCCAGCUCUUUUUGUUAAGUAACCAACCUUUUUAGACCCUCACAUUGACGUGUGAAUGAAAAUAUGUUGCUAUUAAUAUCCCUUGAAAAAUGGGCAUUAUCAGUCUGUAUUUUAUAUAGUGAAAUACAUGGCAAAAAACAACGUACCCUGUCCUAUAAAUGGUAGCCAAUGUGAAACUGUGUGUCCUCAAUUUGUCUGUUGCAUUUUGAUUAACAAUCCUAACUUUUGCACCUGGUUGUACAAUUUUAGUCAGGUUUCACAAUGUAUACCCCUUAGAUUUAAGCUUUUAAAAUUAUGUUUUAAAACAGCAGUAUAGUUUGAAGGUGGUGCAAAACUAUGUAAUGAUUCUUUAAUGUUUUCCUUACCCCUCUCUAUACAGUAUACUGUGGAUGGCAUGAGUAUUUUACAACUUGGGAGGUGAUAUACUUGAAAGAUAUGGCUUAAAAUGUAAGGCCAGCACAAAUGUGCUUUCCUUAAUCAAACACACAAUGUAUACAGAACCUAGGAACAUUAUUCAGUGGUGGAAUGGUUAGAAGACCAUUAAUUAUUACAUUUCCAAAGUGAUUAAAAGGUGUUUAAACACUAAUGAAGUCUUUUUCUUCUUACUGCAACCACUGUACGGUCUCCUCUGACAGCUUGAAAUGUCCUUAUGCUGUCGUUUCUAAGGGUUGCAGGUUUGAAUAGUUGUUAAGAUGCAUAGGCUGUUUCGUUCUAGAAUUGUAAAUGGGUGUGAUGUAUGGUAGUGCCUAUGGCUUCCUGGUGAGACUUGAACAAAUUCAUUUCAAACUCCAUAUCCAUCCCUUUGCCCUAAGCCACUAACUAUCUUUCCACCAAACCAAUGCACUAUUCAGAUGUCUAAAGCAUGCUUGUAUAAAAAAAAAAGUAAUACAGUUUGUGAAUUGUUUUACUGAAACAUAAUAAAUAUUCAUAAACAGUUGUUUAGCAGUAAAGAAAAGCUUUUUUGCCAUUUAUAUUUUGUAAUAAAAAAAAUCUGAAAGAAAUGUCUGUCGACUCUGUCAAAAUCACUUAAAUUAGGGCACUGUAAUAAAGGAAAUUAUUUCUGCUUUACUGAUCAGGAUAUAAGCAUGUCAUCUGUCUGUUAAUAUAUGCUAGAGUGUGCUUUAUUGUGGGACGUAGGGGCAACAAAACAAAUA